GGUGGGGGUGAGGGGGGGUGCUAUUUGUUGUCUCCUUGCAGCACACAGGGCCAAUCAAAGUGACAGUGAGCCUGCAUGCAGCCUUGAUGGCAUACUGUGAGUGUGUGCGGGCGUGUGCAUGACCCUUUCCGGCCCUGUCGUGCACGACAAAUGAGACUGGGGAAGCAAAUAGCAGGCCACUCUCCCGUGGCCUUGUGUCCACAUUUCACUUCUUGGGCAUUAUGAAAACCUUUCUUCGAGGUAAAGAUGAUGUGCUGUUCAAGUGUAGUAAAGUGCUGCAAAAGCCAGGCUCAAGACUUCCUUUUUUGCCAUACUUAGCCAUAUACAAUUGAGAAAUGUGUGCCUCACAGUUCAACGGUUUAGUUUUGAAAUUAUGGCUCUGGCUUUUCUGUGUGCAUGUUGUCCUCAUGGCUGCAUGGUUUUCUGCAGAUACUUUGGCUUGUUCCCACAUCCCAGAAACAUGGCUAAUUGAAGACCAAAUUGUAAAAGCUUGUGUUUGCCCAUUAUGUAGCCUUUGACUGCCUGAUGAUCAGUCCAGAGUUUUGCGCAAAGUCAGCUAAAAGACCCUAAUUUAAAAAGAGAUGGAUGGAUAUUUAAAUUCAUAAUGCAUGUUACCAUUUUUUACACUUCUGACAACUUGCUAUUUAACUGGUUGAGGCAGAUGAUCACCCCAUGUUUCAAUCGAGGAUGAUCAUGUUAAGUCAUGUGGUUCUUUGGACAAUUUGCCUGUACUUGUGAGGUUCUGUUGGCUCUCUUUAAUGUCCGCUGACUGGUUUUACAUCAGCUUAUACAAGGAGUAUCUUGAGAUUACAUUUAUUGUGAAUUGUUUGAAUAUUAAUGAAAUUAAAUUCAAUUACAUUUGUGUCUCAGCAUGCUAUGGCAUCGUCCAGGUACCCACUGGCCCGUGGUUCUGUCGUAAGUGUGAAUCACAGGAGAGAGCAGCGAGAGUGAGGUGUGAGUUAUGCCCACAUAAAGAUGGCGCUCUCAAGAGGACAGACAGCGGAGGUUGGGCUCAUGUUGUUUGUGCUCUCUACAUACCUGAAGUGCAGUUCGCCAACGUCCUCACCAUGGAACCCAUCAUGCUGCAGUUUGUUCCACAUGAGCGAUACAUGAAGACAUGUUACAUCUGUGAGGACCAUGGCAGAGAGAGCAAGGCAGCAUGCGGCGCGUGCAUGGCCUGCAACAGACAGGGUUGCAGACAAGCUUUCCAUGUCACCUGCGCUCAGAUGGCAGGCCUGCUGUGUGAGGAGGAGGGCCCUGAAGCUGACAAUGUCAAAUAUUGUGGCUACUGCAAGCAUCACUACAAUAAAAUGCAGAAGAAACGACGUUACAGUGAAAACGCAAACAGUGCCUUCAGUCAUUCCCGGGGGCGCUCUUCCUCUCCGUCACAGGACAAACACCACCACCACCGACAGAGGAAGAGUCACAAGGACAAGAUUCGUCAGAAAGAGCGCCACAAGAAGGCCUCUGACAGCCUGGUCCCUUCAGUGAUGUCCAACAGUGUAGACAUGCUCCCCUCCAGUCACCACAGUUCCAAAGACAAUGAGGGGAAAUCCAAGAAGCUGAUUUCGCACAGCCAUGGUCACCACAGUAAGAAAAGGGGAAGCACCGGCAAGAGUGGUUCCUCUAGUUCCUGUUCGUCAAGUCCGUUCAAUCCAGGUGCAAUCCUGUCUUCAACUCAAGAUUCCCAUCAGUUCUCCUCAUCAUCCCGUCUGGAGCGCGACCACGAGCGUGGAGGCGGUGAACACGGCGGCGAGGAUCGCAAAGAGCGUCACAGGAGGCCAGCCGUCCAGGGAGCCCAAGAGGACGGCGAUAAGCCAGAACACAAAGAUGAGGAUGAGGAGGAAGACGAGGAUCGCAUUUAUCAUGAGCCGCCGGCGUUGACCCCUGCUGAAGGCCCUCUCGCAGGGUCGCAGGGUCACGAUCGGUCAGAUGGGAACUCGAGCCCUUUUGAGAACAAGGUCACAAUUUCAACUUUUGGAUCCAUCAUGCGCAUUACCUCCACGUCAGUGCUGGGUAGUAGCAGUAAGAUCCGCAAGAUGUCCUCUUCAGGAGACUACAAACCUUCCAAGUCUCUGUGCAAGUUGUCUCAACUGAGCACACCACCGAUCCCAGAAGAAGGAGAGCUGGAGGGCAAAAUUACCCCGCCGUCUCUGUCCCAAGAGAGAAGGCACCGUGACAACAAAAAGAGCCGCCAUGGUCCAGGCCGACCCCGUGGAAGCAAGAACCGAGAGAGGAAAGAGGACACGCAUCAUCAUUAUCAUCAUCACCACAACCACAACAGUGCACCUCCUCCUCCACUACCACCAGUCUUCACCUCCUCACUCUACCCGAGCCCAAUGUCAGUUUCACACCUCGCCUUCCCCUCCUCACUGCCCACCACCACCACUUCCUCUUCUUCAUUCUCAUGCUCCUCAGCUAGCAGUUUUUCCACAAGCCGUGGCAACUCGAUGCUUGGCUCGGGUAUUUAUUCCAGCCUUAAGAACCCUCUGUCACUGGGUGGGGGCAUCUGCAGCACCUCCGUCUCCCUGGGUGGAGGGGUGUGUAGCACCUCCUUGUCCCUGGCUGGGGGCAUGUGUAGUAGCUCUCUCUCAACAGGACUCCUCCCUUCCCACGCUCUCUCAGGCUCUCUUGCAUCAAGCAACGGUGUUUCAAACCCACAGGUGCAUCAGGGUUCGAGCGGCUCCUACAAUGCAACACCAGCACAAUCUUUCAUCACUGGUCUCUCCACACUGCCACCACUACUGAGUCAAGCCCCAACCUCACUACCAGAGUCAGACCUUGAUGACUGUCGCUUCCCAUGUCAGGGACACUCGCCAAGGGAAAGUCUUUCCUCACAGUCUCCUAUGAGCUCCCUCCCUCUUCUUUUUGACCAGAGAGAUAGUUUAGGUGCAGGAGUUCAAGCAUGUCCUGAGAACAUCCCCGAGGCAAGCUCCCACAUUGAACUGCUGUUGGAGAAACACAGCAACGGAGAGAUCGGUGUCAACAUCGUAGACAUGCUCCAGUCACUUCACUCGCUGCAGCAGGAGAACCAGCGGCUCCAGGACCAGAUUCUCAGUCUGACAGCCAAAAGGGAGAGGCUGCAGUUGCUCAACACAGAGCUGGCCGUACCUUUCCCUCAUGCUCAUUCUUUGCACGGCUCUUUGCACACCGCUGCCCGGAUGAACUUCCUGUCCUCAAGUCAAGACCCUCUAAUGACCAAUAAGAAUCCCCUGUCGAAGAGCAGUUUCCAUAAUGACAAUUCCUUUGUUACCUCCUCUGAGGAUCUCCACUCUGGUAGUCCGUCCCGCAGUAGCUCUUCCCUCUCCUUCCAGAGUACUCCUCCUCCUCAACAAAGCCCCGCCUCCUUGAGUCAAUCUAUGAUGAAUGGCCGAGGUUCAUGUGACAGUUUGGGACAAAUCAGUCAGGCUGGCACCUCCACCCAGCCUGUGGCAGGGGGGCUACUCGCAUCUCUUGCAGGAAGUCCUCAGCUGAUGAAUGGGGCGCUCAGCGCUUUAAACGGCGUGAUACAUUCUCCUGUCCAGAGUGCCGCUCAAUCGACACUCCCUGCUCUGUGCCCCCAGCCGCCUCUACUCAACCACCAAACGAUGGCACAGAGCUUUCAGCUUCCGAAGAGUACAAGCCCAUCUUCUCUCCUGUCAGAGCAGCAGAAACAGAUCAUUCUGGAGCAGCAGCAGUUCCUCACGUCACAGAACUUCACUCCUGAACAGAGGGCAGUAGUUUGCCAGAUGCUUCAGCAGCAGAGGGAGAUGCAGCGCCUCACACUGGCAGGAGCCCUUUCAUCCACGCCAAACUCCCCCAUUUUGGCCCACUCUCCCAACCUGCUGUCCUCAGCGACUGCCUGCACCCUGCAGGGCAACCAGGGGGGAAACCUCUUUGGCCGACAAGAGAGCACCCUUCACAAGCCUGCUACAGGAGAGAAGGGUGGAGACAAGAAUGGAUGAAAUCCCCGCACCAUCUCAAGUGAAGAUAUAGAUCAGAUAAAAGUCUCUGAGGAAUAACUGAGGUCACCUCACGUGACACAAGGACGUCAUUUCUACUCUGUCGUCAUUAAAUGAAUGUACAACAGGAUGGACUUGAAGGUGAGGACUUUGUGUAGGGAAGUUGAUUUAUCAGGCGUUCUUUAAUGUUUUUUUUUUUUUUAUACGGGCAGCUUUUCAGAGAUCAUUACUACGGUGGUCUAAUCUUCAAUUGCACUAAUUUUGUUCACUAGACCAGUGGACAGUCCUGACAGGUGUGGUCUAGGGUUUUGGUUUGAAGCACUGACUCUUAAUGAAUCCUUUCCAUAGAUUUUUUUUUCCACUCAGACUUUUGCGAAUUGAUGACUUUAAUUUCAUCCACACGUAACCACCUCGCACAUUUGUCUUCCUGUAAAUGUUGUCUUCCGUUUGUGUUCACCGCACCCGCAUUUCUUCCAGGCACUUGCUUUAUUCUUACAGUAAAUGGUCAAUUUAAUAUUUUCUACCCCGCGAGUGACUUGCGGUAGCGAUUUCUGACGGGACAAGCCAAACGUCACAACAACAAUGACAACAUGUGGUCAGUGGCAUUCAAUGCUAAGCUCGUUAUUACCUCAAAUUUUCUCCCAUCAUUUUCUGCGCUGAUGUGUGGCUUCAAUUUUGUGCUAACUCGUUUUACUACCUAUACUGGAUAUAAAUAGCCACCUGAUAUCUUCACAUCAACAAUGAUGAAGUUAUUUACUGAUGUGUCAAUAUUCAAAAUAGCAAAUAGUUGCUCCCCACCGCUGUCUUUAAGUUGCAUCUAUUCAAAACCAGAGAAGUUUAUAUCUUUCUAGUUGCUGUCGAGAUUAAGAUGAAGAAACCAAAACAUUUGGAAGUUGUUAGUGAGAAUUUGUUUUUCCAGAUUAAGAGUGCACUUUGCAUCUUAGUUUUUUGAGCUAUUUAGUCUUUUUUUUAUGUGAAUUGGCACUCCGUUUUUAAUUUUUUUUUAAAUAUACGGUGUAUAUUUCAGUUCAACAUAUUCUUACUGUGCAUACCUGCUAACUGGCUGUUUUUUUAGCAAUACUGGAUAGAUAAUGCCUUAACGAUGCUAAACAUAGAGCGAAAAGGUUGUGCCCAAAGUCUCAAACGCACUCCUUUUUUGGUCUUUUUUUAGGGAUAAAAGGCACUCAUUCUGAACUCAUUUAUACAUUUUAUAAGUAGCUGGUUUCAACAAAUGAAAUGUGUGAAUAACCUGUCAGCGAUAACUAUGCUGUCAUUUUUUUACUGUAAUUUUUGUGUUCAGAUACAAUGUUCUUUAGUUGUUUGUGCUUCAGUGGAUGUGAGAGAAAAUGGGAAUCUUACAAUGAAGCCUGCACAGUGGUGUCCUAGCAAAGGACGUAAACAACAAUAUAAUGAAAAUGCUGUCAAAAUAGUGUGUUCUUUGUGAUGUUAACUGCUCGGAGGAUGUUGGAAUUAGACGCAUUGGAGCCUUCUUGGCUAACAACGCUCCAGUUUGUGGCAGUGAUGGAAAGCUUCUUUCCCUGUUACAUUUUGCCAUGUGGUGCUUCCAUCCAGUAGCUCACAAAUUCAUGAUUUACCAUCAUUGGAAGGGAUUUUUUUUCUUCUAUUUUUUUGUGUUCUCUUUUGUGUAGCAAUAUUGUCAGGGGUCUGGUUUUCUCACCUCUUCGAUUUUGAAUAUCGUCUGCCCCAUGUAACAUCUUGAGUGCUAGUUAGUGUCGUCUGUAGAUGUCAGAAAGCAACGUAAAACAACUCAAUAGGAGGUGAUCAAAUACUGUAGCAAUGACAGAAUGGGAAUGUUUAUUAUGUUCAUUUAAAACAAAAUACUAUGAGCCAACAUUUCCUUCUUAAAAGUGGGGCAUCUACAAUUUACCAAGUACAAUAUGUUCUGAGAUGACAAUGUCCAAGGAAGGGAGAGGUGCAAAUGUUUUUCUUUUCUUUCCCAUGUUGCACUGGGGUGCUUUAAGCCCAAUUUGUUCCAAUGAUUUUUGUUUGAUAAUGAGUUGUACAUUUUUUGUGUAAGACAAAUGUUCUAUAAAGCUUUGAAGGGGGGCUAACCAAAAUAAUCCAUGUUAUGAAUGUCGUACUAUGUAUCUUCAGUGUAACAACAUUUGAGCACCCUUCUCACAAUGAGGUUUAAUGGAGAGCAAGUGACUUGUUGGAAUCAGAAAUGCAUAAGAUGCAGCGGUUUCUCAAAUAUAUUAUGAAAUGCAAAGUUACAACUAUGCAUGAUUUUAAAUGCGUAGUUCCCUUACAAAUAAAAAAAAUGUAAUGAGCACCGAAUGGCAAGCAUAUUGUCAUUGUACAGUGUAAUUGCCUGAAGGAAGUGAUCAAAAAGGAAUUUGACAAUAUUCAGAUUAGUAUCCCUGUAAAGUAUUUUGAUAAUUUUGUGUGUAAAAUUAAAACGAUGGAAGAAUUCGGUUUUCUUGUCAAUAAAUGUAUUUUGCUGAUGUGUUUUA